AUGGCCUCAUCCUCGACCCGGCCGGUCGGCUCUUCCGUGUCUGCAGCCAGCAACACACAGAGCACAAGCAGCACUGGCACCACCACCACUACCACCCCCAUUGACACAAAGUCGAUCAACCAGGCCCUCGCAGCCGGCAUCCCCAGCGCGCUCUCGCACGCCGAGACCUGGUCGCUGCUGGCCUUUGUGGCUGCUUGUGCGGCUGUGCUGGCCAACACGGUGCGGCGGUCGGAUGGGGCGCCUCUGACGGCGUCGCUGGCGCUGAGCGGCAUCGCCUUUGCCGCAUCGUAUGCCAUGAUCCGCUGGCUGGGGCCGACGUUUGUGGCCGCUGGCAUCCGCGGCGCCGACCUCAACAAAACGCACCGCCGCGUGCUGCCGGAGUGCAUGGGUGCCGUCUGUGCCAUCGUCUACCUGCUGGCCAUCAUCGUCUUCAUCCCUGUGCCCUUUUAUAAAGACAUUGUGGCGGCUACCAGCGGUGGAGGCAAUCGCGACGUCGUCCUGUCGGCCACCCAUGUGCAACGCGGCCGUUUGCUACACCUCUUUCCACACUCCAAGUUCUUCAUUCCCGCCUUCGCCGCCAUCCCCCUCCUCGUCGUCUACUUUACCGACUUUGGCGUCACCUCCGUCGUCGUCCCCACCGCCCUGCAGCCCUAUCUCGGCGACCUCGUCAACCUCGGCCCCCUCUACUACCUCUACAUGACCGCCGUCGCCAUCUUCUCCCCCAACAGCAUCAACAUCCUCGCCGGCAUCAACGGCAUCGAGGUCGCCCAAUCCGUCGUCAUCGCCGCCCUGCUCAUCCUCAAUGACGGCCUCUACCUCCUCGCCGAACCAUAUCCCCAUCCGGCCACCGACAGCCAUCUCUUCAGCCUCUACUUCCUCCUGCCCUUUCUCGGCGUCUCUCUCGCUCUGCUCGCCCACAACUGGUAUCCCGCACGCGUCUUCGUCGGUGACACCUACUGCUACUUUGCCGGUAUGGUCUUUGUCGUCGUCAGCAUCCUCGGCCACUUCUCCAAGACCCUCAUUCUGCUGCUCCUCCCCCAGAUCGCCAACUUUGCCUACUCUGCGCCCCAGAUUUUCGGCCUCGUCCCCUGUCCCCGCCACCGCAUGCCGCGCUUCAAUGCUCGCACCACCCUGCUCGAGCCCUCUGUCACUGUCUGGUCCCCUGAUCGCCAGCCCAAAGCCCCUGUUGCUGCCACCCUCCGCCUGCUGGCUCGCCUGCACCUUCUCCGCCUCGUCGAGGAUCCCACCACCGGCCAAAUCCAGGAGACCUCCAAUCUCACUUUGCUCAACCUCUGGCUUGUCUGGCGUGGCCCCAUGCGCGAGGACCGCCUUGCGCUCGAGGUCACCGGCGUACAGACUGUCGUCGGCCUUCUCGGCCUCUUUGUGCGUCACCGGCUGGCCCGUCUCAUCUUUAAGGAAGACAACUGGGGGCCGGUCUAG